GACGGGGUGAAUAUUCUCGGCUCGGAUAGGACUAUCCUACUCCUUGAGCUUUACUUUUACGACAACGCGCAUCUAUCGGAGUCACAGAGCGAAGCCGGCGGCCUGUUCCUUUUCUCAAAUUGUUAGUAAGUUGGUAUCUCGCGUGCACCAUGUGCAAGUUUUUGUGCUCCAAAUCGAAUGAGAAGGGGAAGAUGAAUGCCACCGAGAAGCCGGAGAAGCACAAAUACAAGCUAUGCGGAUGCAUCGGUAGGAGCUUCAGGAUGACAUCCCUGUCAGCCCCAAAGGAUGUCGAGGAUAUUUUUGUCAAGUACGCGCAGAAUGGCAUCAUUGGGGCUGCGCAGUUGCAACAGUUCUUGGUAGAAGUCCAGGGCGAGAAAGACGCGACUCUCAAACAAGCCGAGGAAAUUAUAGCUGCCCAGCAUCGUGAAAGUCAUGUCAUCCAUGUCUUGCAUCGGCAAGGCUUCAACCUCAACACGUUUCUACAAUAUCUUCUCAAUCCUCAACUCAAUCCUCCGAUCAACCUCAGCGUCCACCAUGACAUGACCAAGCCAAUGUCACAUUACUACAUUUCUACUGGACACAAUUCUUACCUGACUGGGAACCAGCUGAGCAGUGCCUGUAGCGAGGUGCCAAUUAUCAAGGCACUUCAGAAAGGAGUACGUGUCGUUGAGUUGGAUCUUUGGCCGAAUGAAGAUGCGGAGGACAAGGUCAAUGUUCUUCAUGGGCGGACACUUACGACACCAGUGGAUUUCGAGAAAUGCAUAGUCGCAAUUAAAGAGCACGCGUUUGAAGCAUCAGAAUUCCCCUUGGUUAUAACUUUGGAAGAUCAUUUAACUCCUGCACUCCAAGCCAAAGCUGCAGAGAUAAUCACGCGAAACUUAGGAGACCUGCUUUAUCUUCCCGAUGCACAGACGACUUGCAUUGAAUUUCCAUCGCCUGCGUCGCUCAAAAAGCGCAUUUUAAUUUCCACCAAACCUCCAAAAGAGUAUCUGGCAGCGGUAGAGCCACCAAAAGAUGUUAUUCAUCCGAAGGACGGGGCCUGGGGAGAGGACAUCCCAGAUUACAAUGAACAAGUCGAGCAAGGUGCUGAAAAGGCUUCUCCACCCGCGGCACCCGAUGCAGAUACAAACGAUUCAGACGACGAUGACUCUAUAGGCAAGAAAACGGCCCCCGAGUACAAACGGAUCAUCACAAUCCGUGCCGGAAAGCCAAAAGGAGUACCAAUGAAAGAAGCUAUGGCGGCAAAGGAAGACAUAGUGAAACGCUUUAGCGUGAGCGAGCCUCAACUGGAGAAGAUUUGCAAGAACCACCCCCUUACUGUGAUCAACUUUACCAGCCGGAACUUCUUACGAGUGUAUCCGUAUGGCCUUCGUUUUAACUCUUCAAACUAUAAUCCUUUCGUCGCGUGGUCGCACGGAGCUCAAAUGGUGGCAUUCAACAUGCAGGGGUAUGGUAGACCUCUGUGGAUCGUGCAUGGAUUCUUUAAAGCAAAUGGUCGCUGUGGAUACGUGAAAAAGCCAGAUAUGUUUCUUCCAAAUGAAUCAGGAGGCCCGGUUUACGAUCCUGCCAAAGCGGCAAGCGUCAGAACGAGGCUCAAGAUCAAGAUCUUCAUGGGGCUUGGCUGGCUUGAAAAAUUCGGCAAGAGACACUUCGACAACUUCUCCCCUCCGGAUUUCUAUGCAAGAGUUGGAAUCGCUGGCGUCCCUGCAGACCAGAAGAUGCGACGAACCAAAGCGAUCGAAGACGACUGGCAUCCAAAGUGGGACGACGAAUUCGAGUUCAAGCUCACAUUCCCGGAGCUGGCUGUGCUACGUCUCGAAGUCCACGAGUAUGACAUGUCCGACAAGGACGAUUUCGGGGGCCAGCUUUGUCUCCCGGUUUCGGAGCUCAAGACCGGCCUGAGGCACGUCACCCUGUGCGACAAGCGGGGCGACGAGCUCUCUGGAGUGAAGCUGCUGCUACAAAUCACACGGAACGAUUCUCCAGUGUGAGAAUGAGAAGAGAAUCGUGAGAAGGUCACUGGAGUGAUGAGAAGGCAAGCAUGGAGAAGAGAAACAAGAAAAGUGUGAAUAAAACCUGGGUUUUGGUUGGUUUUUACAAAAAUCUAUGGAGAGAAUGAUCUAAGUGACAA